AUGGCUGAAGGAAAUCCUAAUCAAGGAGGAGGACUUUCUCCUUUCCAAAUGCAAGCCUUGACACAACAUUUGGAGAGAUUGAUGAGGCAACAAAAUGAGGAGCUCCAUGAAAGAUUGGACCAAUUGGAGAAUAGAGGUCAUGAUGAAGAAGAAAAGAGGAGAAGAGGUAAUGACGGUGCUCCUAGACAAAACCGAAUUGAUGGAGUCAAAAUUUCUAUUCCUCCAUUCAAAGGAAGAAGUGACCCGGAAGCUUAUUUGGAGUGGGAGAUCAAAAUAGAGCAUAUUUUCACUUGUAAUACCUAUGAAGAGGCCCAAAAGGUAAAGCUUGCAGCUAUGGAGUUUUCCGAUUAUGCUCUUGUGUGGUGGAACAAAUUGCAAAAAGAGAGAGCUAGGAAUGAGGAGCCAUUGGUGGAUACAUGGGUUGAAAUGAAAAGAAUCAUGAGGAAGAGAUAUGUGCCGGCAAGCUAUUCUAGGGACUUAAAAUUCAAACUUCAAAAGUUGUCCCAAGGUAGCAAAGGCGUUGAGGAGUACUACAAGGAAAUGGAGGUGCUCAUGAUUCAAGCCAAGAUAGAAGAGGAUGAGGAGGUAACUAUGGCUAGAUUUCUUAGUGGUUUGAAUAAUGAUAUUCGUGAUAUUGUUGAACUGCAGGAAUUUGUUGAAAUGGAGGACUUGCUUCACAAAGUAAUCCAAGUGGAGCAACAAUUGAAAAGGAAAGGUGUGGCCAAAAGGAGCUCCACUAAUUUUGGUUUUUCUAGUUGGAAGGAUAAGGGAAAAGGGGCUGCCACUUCUAGUGCAGCGCCUACACCAACAAAAACUCCUCUAAAAACUCAAGAGCAACCCUCUAAAAGGAGUCGGGAUGUGAAGUGCUUUAAGUGCCAAGGCUUAGGACACUAUGCAUAUGAGUGCCCUAACAAAAAAACCAUGAUUCUUAGAGAUGGAGAGUAUAUAAGUGAGUCCGAAAUUGAAGAGGGAGAGGAGAAUGAGGACGUGGAGGAGGAGGUGGAGAAAACACCAGAGGGAGACUUGUUGAUGAUAAGGCGGUUACUUGGUAGCCAAUUGAAGCCUUUGGAGGAGAGCCAAAGAGAAAACAUCUUCCAUACUAGAUGUUUGAUCAAUGGUAAACUUUGCAUGGUGAUCAUUGAUGGAGGGAGUUGCACCAAUGUGGCGAGUGCAAGACUUGUGUCUAAAUUGAAUUUAGUUACAAAGCCACAUCCUAGGACAUAUAGGCUUCAAUGGCUUAGUGAGGAUGGAGAGGUGCAAGUAAGGAAGCAAGUAGAGUUGGAUAUUUCCAUUGGAAGAUACAAUGAUAAGGUGCUUUGUGAUGUUGUUCCUAUGGAGGCCAGCCACUUACUCUUGGGGAGACCAUGGCAAUUUGAUAAAAGAGCCAAUCAUGAUGGUUUCACCAACAAAAUCUCAUUCAUGCACCAAGACAAGAAGAUAGUGCUCAAACCUUUAAGUCCGCAAGAGGUGUGUGAGGAUCAAAGAAAAAUGAGAGAAAAGAUUGUCCAAGAAAACAAAGAAAAAGAAAGCCAAACACUUGAGAGCUCAAAAAGUGAGGACAAAAAGAGAGAAACACAUGAGAGGAAAAAGAAGAGUGAAACACUUGAGGUGAAGGAGAGCUUUUUAGCUACAAAAAGUGAGGUCAAGAGGUUGUUUCUAUCUAAACAGCCCCUAUUUUUGUUAAUUUGCAAAAACUAUGUUUUGACCACUAACACUUUUGAUAACCUUGAUUUGCCUUCUAGAGUGAAGUCUCUUUUGCAGGAAUUUGGAGAUGUGUUUCCAACAAGUGUACCAAGUGGGUUGCCACCAUUAAGAGGUAUUGAGCAUCAAAUUGAUCUCAUUCCAGGAGCUUCUUUGCCUAAUAGGCCAGCCUAUAGAAGCAACCCUCAAGAGACCAAGGAGAUCCAAAGACAAGUGGAUGAACUCAUUGGUAAGGGAUGGGUAAGAGAUAGCAUGAGUCCUUGUGCUGUCCCGGUAAUUUUGGUUCCUAAAAAGGAUGGGACAUGGCGCAUGUGUUCUGAUUGUAGAGCCCUUAAUAACAUCACCAUUAAAUAUAGGCAUCCUAUACCUAGGCUUGAUGAUUUGCUUGAUGAAUUGCAUGGUGCAUGUUACUUCUCUAAAAUUGAUUUAAAAAGUGGAUACAAUCAAAUUAGGGUUAGAGAAGGGGAUGAAUGGAAAACUGCUUUCAAAACAAAAUAUGGUUUGUAUGAAUGGUUGGUUAUGCCUUUUGGCUUAACUAAUGCUCCUAGCACUUUCAUGAGAUUAAUGAACCAUGUUUUGAGAAAAUUCAUAGGAAAAUUUGUUGUGGUGUACUUUGAUGAUAUUCUUAUCUAUAGCACUUCACUUGAAUUGCAUGUUGAUCAUUUAAAAUCUGUCUUGUGUGUGCUUAGAGAAGAACAAUUGUAUGCCAAUCUUGAAAAAUGCAUCUUUUGUACUAACCAUGUUGUGUUUCUUGGUUUUGUUGUAAGUUCAAAAGGAGUACAAGUGGAUGAGGAAAAGGUUAGGGCUAUUCAAGAAUGGCCUACACCUAAGUCCGUGACCGAAGUGAGAAGUUUCCAUGGUUUAGCAAGUUUCUAUAGGAGAUUUGUGAAGGAUUUUAGCACAUUGGCAGUACCUCUAAAUGAAGUGCUUAAGAAAAAUGUUGGUUUCAAAUGGGGAGAGAAACAAGAAGAAGCUUUCAAAGCUCUUAAGCAAAAGCUAACUAAUGCCCCCAUACUUGCUUUGCCAAACUUUCAAAAAUCUUUUGAAAUUGAGUGUGAUGCUUCAAAUGUUGGGAUUGGGGCUGUGUUGUUGCAAGAAGGCCAUCCAAUUGCUUAUUUUAGUGAAAAGCUAAGUGGUCCUACCCUUAACUAUUCAACUUAUGAUAAAGAGUUGUAUGCCUUAGCUAAAUAA